CACACACACACACACACACACACACACACACACACACACACACACACACACACACACACACACACACACACACACACACAGAGGAACUCAUUCACAUGCACAAACAAAGACUCUCCCAUACCCAAGGACCACCAGCCCACGUACAGACUAGAUAGAUUCCCUGGGCGCUGACUGUUCCCACUAUGCAGGACAACAAGUCUGAUGUGAAGGCCAUCAUGGCUCGCUUCAACACGGGGGGAAAUGCCACAGAGGGUAUCUCCUCAGAACGUCCAAAAGCUGCAGUGCACGCCACCCUGUCCUCAGGACCCCCUAUCCAGCCUAAGAAACCUGCCCUGGAGACCAGCCUCUCAGGCAGCGCAGCGUCCACCGCGCCCAAACCCAACUUCCUCAAGAGCACCAUCUCCACCAAGAGCGCUCCAGAAGUCAGGGACUUGCCCAAAAUCAAAGUGAUCCCUAGUAAGUUUGGAAACACCCAAGAGGACAGCAAACCAUCCUUUGUCAAACAGUACCCCUUUAAACUCAAACCUCCUGGCCCAGAGAUAUCCCAGGAUGCUGAGGUCAAAAGCCCUUUGCCCAAACUCCCUCUCCAGAAACCCUCUCUGAGCUUGACCUUGUCUGACACCAAGUCUGCCUUUCCCAAACCUCCCCUGGGUGUGGCCAAACCCUCCUGGGUCAAAGACAGCAGCCCCAAACCUGACAAUAGUGGGGGUACCUCGAACUCCAUCCCACCCAAAAUACCCCCUUCCAAAAAAAACAUAAUCUCCAUUGCAAAGAUGAGUCUACAGACAGAGGAUAGUGUGGAUGGAGCAGUGGAUUCUACAACCAAACCGCUGGGAGCAGCUUCUAUCCUCAAACCCUCCAACUUCAGGACUGCACAGAACAUGUUCAAUAGAGAAGACACCCUAUCUGAGAAUGGGGUAAAGGAAAUAGCCAAACUUCCCCUCACUUCCAGCGACUCUUGUCUUCCUAAACCUACAGCCAGUAAGAAACCCAGCUUCAUUAAGAAGCCCCUGGGUUCCACCUCCCUGGUCGUGGGGUUGAGCAACAGUAGCCCGCCCCCCCCCAAAUUAAACCCCAUGCCCAAUUUCCUGGCAUUAGGAACUGUGCCAGCCAAACCCAACCGGCCUCCUAGGGUCAACUUGGAAAAGUUCAAGAAGGGCACAGAGGCUAGUACCGAUGGUCCUGCUGGGUUAAAGGGAUCUGUUGCCCCACCCCCUGCCUCUCACCCCAGUAACCAUAUGGCCCCACCCCUGCCCUCUCACCCCAUGGCCCCUAGCCUGCCCCCACGACCACCAGAAGCCAUAAUCCAACCUGACCCAGAUGAGAACUAUGAUGAUGUGGGGUUAAUUAACAAUACUCCACCCCCUCACUCUGGAGGACAUCCUAGUCAAAACACUAAGCACAGUGAAAGUGAUGAAAUGUAUGAAGAUCUUGAUGAAAGAUGGGGGGCAGUGGAAUCAAAGGAGCAAGAGAAGAGAGAGAGGGAGGAGACAAAACGACAGGUGGAAAAGAAAGUACAGAAAGAACGUGAGAGGAAAGAACAAGAGGCCAAAAAGAAAUUCAAAUUGACUGGUCCACUGAAGGUCAUCCACAGGGUCCAGGCCAGAGUGGACAGUAAAGGGAGUAAGACGGACCUGGGGCUGAAGCAGGGAGAGUCUAUUGACAUCAUGCGUGUUUUGGACAACCCAGAGGGACGCUGGCUAGGGAGGUCACAGGACGGCUCCUAUGGCUAUGUGAAGACUGAGUCUGUUGAGAUUGACUUUGACACCCUGAAGCGUCAGGGUGUGUCUAUAUCCAGUCAUAUGGAACACGAACCAGAGGUAUACGAUGAUGUGGCCUUUCAGAAUGACCUCAGCAGUGGGAUCAAGAGUGCAGGAGUGGUUCUUCCUCCACCUCCUGAUGAGGAUAGUGACAUAUAUGAUGAUCUUGACGAUUCAAGCUUCGACGUCAGAGUAUCCCCACCUUCCCAGUUUGACCAGACAGGAAAUACUGUCAGUGAUUCAGAUAUUUAUGAUGAUGUUGACACCAAUAACUUCCAUCUGCCUCCACCUAUCAGCAGUCUCCCACUAAGUAAAGCCAAGGGUAAGGCUGAGGACAAAGAUACUAAAAAGCUAAAGAAAUUUGAAAAGGAAGAGAAGGAAUUCAGAAAGAAGUUCAAGUAUGAUGGGGAGAUCCAGGUACUCUAUCAGGUGACCAUCGUUUCCACCUUGGCCAAUAAGAAGUGGCGCAGUAAAGAUCUGCUGUUGAGACCUGGGGAGACUCUGGAUGUUAUCGUUAAGCCUGUAGACAACAAACUCAUCUGCAGAAACAAGGAGGGCAAGUUUGGCUACGUCUUGACCAGCCAUAUUGUAGUAGAAGAUGCUGAUAUCUAUGAUGACAUUGGUGAUGAUUGCAUCUAUGACAACGACUGAACACUGUCCACAAAGUGAUGCCGAUAUUUGUAUUUUGGGGGGUUUCUUGUUUAUAUCAACAACCUUUAUCUAAUUUACUGUGAUUAUUUUGAGGUGAAGUGGUUUUCAUUCAAGAACACAGUCCACAGACAUUUCCUCCCUUUAUGAAUAACUGUGACUUUGCAUUGAAUAAGCCUAAAUGAUAUACAAUGUUACAUUUUUAUAUUGAAAGUGUAUUUCAAUGCUUAUAUUCUAUAUUCAACAAGAGAUAUUAAAAUUCUGAUUGAAAACAAAA